AUGGUGUCGGUUUUUCAUGCUGUCUUUCCUCAAGCAGGUGAGCGUGUCCCACUUACAGCACACUGACCCACACACCUGGGAUAGUUCACCCAAAAAUGAAAAAAUUAUCAGUCAUUAUUUAUACUCUCACGACAUUCCAAACCCAUAUGACCUUUCAUAAAAACUGUGGCGAAAAAGAUUAGUUGACAACCUUUUUUCCAUGACUAAGACAUCAGGAUGCAAUACCAUGAUGAAAAAAGUCUAAAAAUGUAGUUUAAAAUUUAAAAACUCUUUAUAUCCUAAAUAUCUAUAUUUUCUUAAAUAAAAAGAGAAAAAUACAUAGACUUUCAUAAAGUUUUCAUAUCGGGGUUGCCAGUCAAGAAAAAAUCUGCCAUCAAAACCUUCUCAGUGAUAAACUGUAAUAAUUCCUAACAUUGAUCUCAAUUAUAUAUUGUUUGUGAUUGUACUGUAGUUGCUGAAUAAAUGCAUUUAUGCUAUCUCUGUGCUGCAACACAAAGUCUUUUUUGUUGUUUUAAUUGAAAAACAUAAAUAUAAUUUAGAAUCGAUGGAUUUAAUAUGAAGAAUUUAAAUGUUUUUGCUUUUGAGAGAAGCUUUUGAGCUUUACAAGUUUUCAUAAUGUGGAGAUUGUUAAUUUAUAUGAUAUUUUAGGAAACUAGAUGAGGUAAAAUAAGUGUAUAAGAGUUAUUUGUGCUUAUAGGUGAAAGUGAUAACAAUAAUUCUGAUCAAAUUUCUCAGAUGAGGUAAUUACGAUAAUAACUGUGCAAAAUAAUUGUGAUUAUCUGUUUAACUAUUGUGCAGCAUGACUAAUAGUUUUCUUAGACUAAAAUUCCCAGACCUUUAGUCAAACAAAAACAGCACUGGUUGAAUAAACAUGUCAAAGACUAAAACGGACAUUUUACACAGGACUAAGACUAAAUUUUAAAACAACUGACAAAUUUAUCACUAUCAUAAAAUACAAAAAAAAAAUCACACAUUGAACAUAAAUAAGGAUCAGGAGAGUUUGGCUCCAUAACAAGAAAAAGCACUCUUCAGUUAUUCCAUAUAUAAAGGUAAUUUUUGUCCUUUUGUGUAGCUGUCUUAAGGAGAAAAAAAAAAACUAUUUUAGCAUUCUGCAAAAAAUAUCUUUUGUGUUUCAAGGAAGAAUGAAAUUUAUGUGGGUUUAGAAUGUCAUUGAAAGUGAGUAAAUGAUGACAGAUUUUCCUCCUCUCCUCUGUCUCUCUGUGUUCAGUAAUAUUGCGCAGCAGCUGUGACCUUUGCAGUAGCGUUAUUGUGUAUUUGUGCUGUGACUGCUUUAGAGCCGAUGUGUUGUGAAGAAUUCUCACCUCUGCAAGUACAAGUGUGAUCCGGUGUGUGUGUGUGUGUGUGGUGUUCGGCAGUAUUUGUAGUUGGACACAGGAGCAGACGCUGCGCGUGCAUGUGUGUUUGGGUGUUCAUUUACUGUUUAGUGUCCAGCCCUUUUUGCUUUCAGAGAGUCGUGUGUGAGAGCUGUCCCUCCGGACAGAACUGCUAAUGAUGGGACAGAUGUCACAUAGUGAUUGUUUGAGUGUAAAUAGAAGUGUAGUGUACUGUAGUAGUAUAUGCGCGCGUAUAGCAGUGCUCAGGUCAGACGGUAAGUGAAAACGCAAAGCAUCAUGAGGUCAGAGUGGGAUUCAGACUCUAAUGACUGCGACUGGGGCGACAGCGAGGAAGACGACAAUCAGCAAACUCUAAGGGAGGAUAUCAGAACAGCUAAUGUCAUCGCAGCAGAGUCUGUCACCUGCCUUGUGAUUGACAGAGACUCAUACAAACACCUGAUUGGAGGUCUUGAAGACGUAUCCAACAAAGGCGGUGAAGACGCAGAGGCAAAAGCAAAAUACGAGGCAGAGAAUGCAUUCUUCUCCAACAUAAACCUGUCUGACUUCAACAUCAUUGACACUCUUGGCGUUGGAGGAUUUGGCCGUGUUGAGCUGGUGCAGCUCAAGAGUGACGAGAUGAAGACAUUUGCGAUGAAGAUCCUAAAGAAACGUCACAUUGUGGACACGAGACAGCAGGAGCACAUCCGCUCGGAGAAACUGAUCAUGCAGGAGGCACAUUCAGACUUCAUAGUCAGACUCUAUAGGACGUUUAAGGACAGUAAGUACCUCUAUAUGCUAAUGGAGGCGUGUUUAGGUGGAGAACUGUGGACUAUUCUCAGAGACAGGGGAAACUUUGAUGAUUCAACUACACGCUUUUACACGGCAUGUGUGGUGGAGGCGUUCGCUUACCUGCAUUCCAAAGGCAUCAUAUACAGAGACCUCAAACCAGAGAACCUGAUCCUAGACCAUAGAGGCUACGCCAAACUGGUGGAUUUUGGCUUUGCUAAGAAGAUCGGCUUUGGGAAGAAGACGUGGACAUUCUGUGGUACACCAGAGUACGUGGCUCCAGAGAUCAUCCUGAAUAAAGGUCAUGACAUUUCUGCAGAUUACUGGUCCCUCGGCAUCCUCAUGUACGAGCUGCUGACCGGCAGUCCUCCUUUUUCAGGACCGGAUCCAAUGAAAACAUACAACAUCAUUCUUAGAGGCAUCGACAUGAUAGAAUUCCCUAAAAAAAUUACCAAAAAUGCUGCCAAUCUCAUCAAAAAGCUAUGCAGAGACACGCCAUCUGAAAGAUUAGGAAACUUGAAAAACGGCGUCAAAGACAUCCAGAAGCACAAAUGGUUUGAAGGGUUUAACUGGGACGGAUUGAGGAAGGGGACACUGACGCCCCCCAUCAUCCCUAAUUUAACAUCAUCCACGGACACCAGUAACUUUGAUAGCUUUCCUGAGGACAAUGAAGACCCACCGCCUGAUGAUAACUCAGGCUGGGACACAGACUUCUAAACAGGCUUAAGCACACGUGUCGUGCACACAGACACACAACACUGCUCACAUGGGACGUCUGCACUACUGGAUGGACGGGAGGAGAAAUGUGGGAAGAAGCGGAAGGAGAAGAGGUGGAUGAAAUGAAGUGACUCUAAAAGGACUGUCGAGACCCGGAUACAAAACAUGAAUCUCUUGCGUGAGCACGUGUCUGUGUGCGUGUUCACCACUGACCCAUGAUAACCACCUUUACUGUGAGCUGACUGAGGAGACAGUCCAUGUAGGGAAAAGCUUGUGACCUCAGCGAUUUGUUCUUCUCCCUGAUUGGCUGCAAACUCUUCAUUCACCGAUCCGUGUGCAGACUACUCGAAAGAAGACGCAGGAGUCCAGACAGACCUGAAUGUUGCUCUUAAAGUAAUACUCGUUCGUUAUAGCACAUGUACAUAAUAGCAUAGCAUCACUACCCUGUGAAACUCACACAUACGCCGGCGUUAUCUGUCACAUGCAUUACACUCUUCAAACACACAGACAUCAUACACACAGACAUCUUCUCGCCUCUCUUCGCUGUUUAUUUAUUGUCCUGGCGGACGGCCAUUACGGUUUAUGAUAUUCUGAGCCCAGCGCUGGUCUUCUCAAACUUCAUCCCAAGAAAUGAUGUGCCUCAAAUUCAUAGCUCCAUUAAUAGUGUACUGUAUUUAUUGUCUCAGAUUUAUAAGAAUUAGGAGAUAAGUACUGACCACUGUGAACGGCCAGAUUUGAAACAGGAACAGAGUGUCAUUAAAACAGGAACGGAUGUGGGAUUGGUUUUCCUUCUAUGGCCAUUCUUAAAUUGAAAUGCAGGUACAACAUAAUCCAGAGAUUCAGCUGUAUCAGAUCAUGAACAGUAUUAGUGCCUUAAAUCAACGGCAUUCUGCGACGUUCCUCUUGCUGCAUGUCAGAAUACGAUCCCUUCAGCCUGCUGCUGUCCAUCAGAUGCUGUCUGUCUAGUUGUUGUUUUUUUUACACAAUAAAGCAACUGUUUUAGACACUCCCUGUGUCCUCACAUGAUCUGCCACUGUCUUUUAUGGAUCUGAAAUGUUCAAAAUGUGAUUUUUCUUUUUUUAUUUAGGAAAUUAUUUCUUUUAAAAAUGUAAUUUAUUUCUGUGAUUCUGUUCAUUUUCAGCAUCUUUACUCCAGUCUUCGGUGUCACAUGAUCUUUCAGAAAACAUUCUAAUAUGCGGAUUUUUGCUGCUCAAGAAUAUAUUAUUAUUAUUAUAUUUAUUUGAAGUUUGACAACACUUGCUCAUUCAAAAUUCACCUUUUUUAUAGGUCAUGAGGGUUAGUAAAUUAUAUUACAUUUUUUGGGGUGAAGUGGUACUUUAAGGACAUAUAUUUCACUCCAAAAUCAAAAGAAUAAAUAUAAUCAAUUAAAUUCUGCAAAAAGAAAUUUAAGUCUAACUUUAGGUCCAAUAUAUAUAUAUAUAUAUAUAUAUUAUUUUUUUUUUUUUUGCAUUGUGACAUACAUUUUCAUAUGCCUAUGGACGUUUUAUUGUUUUAGUUUUGAUAUUUGUGUUUGUGAGUGUGUGUGUGUUUUAUGUUGAUGAUUCUCCACUGACACUAUACCAGUCAAAAGUUAAUUAAGAUUUUUAAUGUUUUUGAAAGUCUCUUAUGCUGACCAAGGCCAUAUUUAUUUGAUUUAAAAUGCUGUAAAACGGUAAUAUUGAGAAAUGUUAUUACAAUUUAAAAUAAAUGUUUUCUGUUUUAAUAUAAUCUAAAAUGCAAUUUACUCAUUUAAAUAUACGUUAUAUAUAAACUGAUUUGGUGGAAACAUUUUUAUAAUUAUCAAUGUUGAACAGUUGUACUACUUAAAAUAUUUGUGAAACCCGUGAC